UAACUGUUACUGUUGUUUUAACUUUGUAAACAAUCGCACUGAGAAAUGAAUAAGUUUGUGUACUGUGAAGUCUAAAAGAAUUUAAGAACUAUGGAUGCAAAAGUGGGCAGUAUUGUUAUGCCAGGAGAUGUAUUGAUUGAUUUAAAAAACUCUGACACAAAUGAUAAAAUAAUUUUUGGACCUGGACUUAGGAGAGAUGGCGAAAUGAUUAUUGCUAUGAAAUGCGGAGUAAUCAAGCGAAGUUCAGCGAAAAUAUUUUACGUAGAUAAUCACCAGAUGAGGUAUGUACCAACACGAGGAGAAAAUGUUAUUGGAACUGUUGUGAAAAAGGGUGGAGAAGAAAUAUUAGUUGAUAUUGGAAGUAGUGAACCUGCUGUUGUUGACUUAUUAAGCUUUGAAGGUGCUACCAAGAGGAACAAACCACUAAUAAAGAUUGGUGAUAUAAUAUAUGGUAAAAUUAUUGUGGCUUGCCGAGACAUGGAACCUGAAUUAGUGUGCAUUAAUAGUUAUGGCAAAAGUGCAGGUCUUGGAGUUCUUCCAUCAGAUGGGUUCAUGUUCCCAGUCUCUCUUGAAUACUGCAGAAAAUUAUUAGUGCCAAAUUCUCCCAUACUUAAAAGACUUUCCCAAAAUGUUCCGUUCGAAAUCGCUAUUGGACUGAAUGGUAUAAUAUGGAUUAAGUCUGUGUCCCUACACAAGACAUUGGUACUUGUGCAGGCAAUCAGCGUCCUUGAAUAUGCUACAGAGAAAGAAAUAGAACUCAUGUGUGAUGGUAUUAAUAAAGUAAAUGUAACAUAAAUGAAGGAAAUUUAAUAAAUUCUGGU